AUGGCGUGGGACAUCACGUUGGAUUUCGAAUACGUUGUUACUAAGAAACCUCCACCACGGAUAUGUUUCGGAACGGGGCUUGAACGUGAGGUAUUGCCAACACAGGGUCCUUGUUUGAGUCCUUUUAUGAGACGCAUUGCAAAAGAAAUCCAUCCUAAUUUAGGACCGGGUACAUAUGAGGAGAACCGUGAUGCUUUUUAUGACGUUACGCAUAAGAUAUAUAGUAAAUUGUACUAUGGAGCCAGGGCACCCCGUUGGAAAACGAAGCACGAGUACCAGCCGCCGCCAAGAGAAAUCCCCCCGAAAGAACCUGUUCCUCAGAACUGUGCGCCAUUUAACUCCACCUCUAAAAGGAAAACGAUGUCUAAACCUUUCGAGUACCCUGCAUCCUGCGACUACUAUCCCGUGUACAGAAAAAGGCAAAUGAAGUUUGCAUACAGCUUCUCGGGUAAAAAGCUUUUGAAAUGCGCAGUUGAGAUUAAAUGUGUUCCGUAUAAUCUGGAUGUCUGCGCUGUGUGCAGUUGCUCAUGUUCAUUACAAGGCGACUAUUGGCAAUAUGAAAAUAGAAUCUUCCUUUGCAGAAAGCAUUAUGCUAGAUUGUUCAAACAUUGUUUAUCAAAGUUUCAAGGUGUUAAGCUGGCUGAAUUCAAGCCCAUCCGUGAUUGUUUCUUUGCGCACGCUCAUAAUAGCUGUAAAGCUGCUUUAAAAAUAAUGACGUCAGAAGAUAUACAAAAGAAGCUUAGAAAAGAAGCGUAUCUCGACUUAUAUUUCCCUCAACGACGUUAUUGUAAUAACUGA